GUGGGAAGUGAACGGAGGGGCUCCACAAUCUCUCCCUGUCCAUCUGUCCUUGUCCGACUGGUCUUCCCCCCCACCCCCCCGCCAGCCCUCCUGAGUGCCCUUAUGGUCUCUCCGGCCAUCGCCCUGGCCUUUGUGCCCUUUGUGGUCACCCUGCUCAUCCGCUAUCGCCAUUACUUCCUGCUCUUCUACCGAGCGGUGCUGCUUCGGAAGCUGCGGGACUACCUGACUGGCGUCUCCCGGGAGGAGAGGGCCUUCCGUUACGUCCUGACCCACGCCAUCCCCGGAGACCCCCUGCACAUCCUGGAGACCUUCGACCAGUGGAGCUACCACUGCGAGUAUCUCAGCAACCUGGGACCCCAGAAAGCAAAGAUCCUGGAACGUCUCAUCUAUGACCAGGCUCCCCUCACCGUGUUGGAGCUGGGCACCUACUGUGGCUACGCCUCCGUCCUCAUUGCGCAGUCUCUACCGUUGGGCGCCCGGCUGUACACGGUGGAGAUGGAUGUGUGCCGGGCAUCCGUGGCAGAGAAGGUGAUCCGGCUGGCUGGCUUUGACGAUGACACGGUGGAACUCAUCGUGGGCCCCUCAGAGGAGGUCAUCCCCUUACUCAAGGAGACCUUUCUGCUGAUGGAGGUCCACCUGGUGGUCAUGAGCCACUGGAAGCGAUGCUACCUCCGGGAUCUGCAGCUGCUGGAAGAUCACGGCCUCCUCCAGCCGGGGGCCACCAUCCUGGCGGACAACGUCAUCUUUCCCGGCGCCCCCCAAUUCCUCCAGUACGCCAAGGCCUGCGGGAAGUACAAGUGGAGGGUGCACCGGACCAGCCUCCAAUACUUCCGCGGCAUUCCCGACGGCAUGGCCCAGCUGACCUACGUGGGGCUGGAGUGAGGGGCAGGGCUGCCUCCGUGCCAGAGGGAGGGGCCCAGGGAGGCAUCCGCUCUGGGAAAAAGGGAACAGGCGGAUUGCCCAGCAGACCAAAAAUCUGUGCCAGGCACGGUUUGAA